AUGCCGUGGAACGCGAACAACAACCCGGCGGGCGAGAUCCGCGCGCCCGCCAUGGCAGCGGCGCUCCGUCUCAAGCAACAGCAACAAGGUGCCAAGGAUGCGGCCGCGGCUUGGACGCGCUCACUAUGUGUCGAGGAGCUGGACGAGCUGGACAUUGCCCACGAGCAAUUGACAUCAUUGCGUCAUUGCGCUCUGGUGCAUCCAGAAGACUUCCCCGCCGAGGCCACAGGGACCGACGGUGCAGCUCUACUUCAUCCUAGACUACACGCCCAAUUCGUAGUAUCUGUACGGCCGCAUGAGGCUAUUCCUCGUGGCUCUAUUGCCCUGUCACAACCGCAAAUGAUCAACCUGGAGUUGUGCAGGUUCCAAACGGAAAAUUGGACGCUCUUUACGGAACGAAUACCCAUUGUCAAUGCUGUGGCAAUUGAAAUUCGCCCAAUGUUAGAGGCAAGUGACGACGAGGAUAGUGAUGAGGACGAAAAAAUGGUUCUUGCACCUGUUCCGAUUGUGACUGAUGCCAAGGAUUUUGCAGCAGCAUUCGCCAAGUUUACAUGGCAACGAGUACUAACCGAGCACGAACGCUUGGUGAUGCCUUACAAAGAUGGCCAGCUCUACUUUGUCCGCGUACUGGAAAUCGAUGCCGAAGACGAGGAAGAGACGGAGCUCACCAUGCCGGACUCGUACCGCGGUCGUGUGGACGAAGACGCUCAAGUGUUCGUGUCGUCCGAAGGAGGUCAAUCUCCAGCUUUCGAGCUGUUAAAUGCCACGCCAAUAAAUGCUGCUGGUCUGGCGUCGAUGCGCUCAGAUGUCGUCACGGUACUCACGAACGACGAGGAGGAAUUCCCCGUCAAGAAGAAACUGCUGUUCCCUUGCAUCAAACUGUCGUCGGCUGUGCUAUCAGGCAAGGGAGUGCAUAAAGACGCAUCCUCUACAAUCGAAGUGGACGUGGACUGCUGCACCUUUGACCGUGUGCUGUUGUAUCUUGAGCACGAAGCACGCAAUGACGGCACUGAAUUCAACUUCGAUCCUUCAGUCACAGACAAUCUGCUAGCUGCUGCUAUCACGGUGGGAUGUAUCGGGUUACAGGAGGUCUGUCAACGGCGCUUUGGCGAGUUCGCGACACGUGUGCGUAACGAAGCGAUUCGCUGGGCUGAAGUCGUUCGGCGUAAUGAAGCGGGCGAGGUGUGGCUUGUCAUGCAAGGCAUGGUAUUGGACAUUACGCGGUGGAUCCCAGAGCACCCUGGUGGCUCCGAGUUAAUCGCUCAGGAGGCUAUGAAUGUGGACUCGACCGUCAUGUUCGAGAUCUACCACGCCAGUCGCCAGUCGUUCCGCUACCUCAAGCAGUUCUACAUGGGAGAACUCUCCGAGUUUGACAUUGCUGUGAUGCCCAAGUCGAAAGAACAACCGUCUGAAGCUUUUAUCCAGGAACUACAACAGUACACAACGUGGCGCAUUAAACCGCAGGAACACACGUUCAAAAGUUUUUAG